GCAAGCACAAAAUGGGCAAGCACAAAGCAGGCAAGCACAAGAUUGGCAAGCACAAGGUGGGCAAGCACAUAGUGGGCAAGUACAAGGCGGGCAAGUACAUGGUGGGCAAGCACAAAGUGGGCAAGCACAAGGUGGACAAGCACAAAGUAGGCAAGCACAAGGUGGGCAAGCGAAUAGCAGGCAAGAAUGA